GACCGUGUAUUUGACACUAUAUUCUUCUUUGCACAAGAUGAAGCCAGCUCGAGGGUCGUCGAGAGCAUCAACACUGGGUCCUAAAUGCGCAGGACGGAGAGGAAAAAACUUACAGCAAAAACCAGUGCCUGAGGGUGAGAGCACACAAGAUAACACAAGAAAGAAAGAGCUGAGAAAGGUGAAAGGUCAGGAAAAAUGGAAACCAUUGGACAAGUCCUCCAUCAGGGUCAUCGACAACAUGCUGAGUUUGUCAGUACUAUACGUCCUUACAAAGAGAUCAAAAGAAAAAGAGGAAUUACAGAAGCACCUUAAUUCCUUGAAAGACCAGUUCCUAGCUAAAUGUUCUCAACUCCCUGUGCCACCUCAGAAACAUGGAAACCUGAUGCGCUUGUCCCAACAGUUCCACACUGAGAACCAGAAGGUUAAGCGUGGCAAAAAGAAGAUUGAGGCAUUAAAGGAGCGCAGCCAGGAGUUGGUUAGCCAACUGGAGCAGCUGCAAGGAAAGAUGGACCGUUUGGAGAAUGAGUGCAGGAUCAUGAGGGACAAACUGGAGGAAGAAGAGUUAAAAGCACAAACGUUUAUUCAGCUGGCCGAACAAGCUGUUCUGCGUCUUCCUGCUUUACCACGGUAUCCUGAAGAUGAGCUCACGUUACAGGAGAAGAUCAUGAAAGCAGUGCCUGAUCACAAAGCUGUCACGAAAGCACUUCAGAAAAGAAAAGUCACUGCGGACGUAAAAGCCUUUUUGGAGUUGGCGCAUAAGCAGACGGAUCACCUGUGACUCAUUUCGUAACUCCAACAAGUGGAUCAUUGUUUUCUAUUUGUUUUUUGUUUUGUUUUCAACUCGAACUGUAACUUUUUUUUUUUUUCUGGUUUAAAACAGUGUUGUCUGUUAGAAAUGAACAUGCUUGUUAAUUUCAAUAAGAUUAGCGUUCAUAUAGAAUUAACUCCAAAGUCACUGAUAUUCAACACAUGCAAAAAUAAAAUAACAGCAUUUACAGACAAGGGAAUUUUCACACUUUUUCUUGUCCAGUGUAUAAAUAAAUGACUGCAUAUUUCCUGGUUAAAAUGAUUGUAAAUCCCGAAACUUGUUAUUAAUCCUACAUUUGCAAGACAUGUAUUUGUUUCACUAGUAUGGAUGUUUUUGCUGUAUAUGGUUUAUACUGAUACUCUGAUUGUAAUCGUAAAUGAUUAUUAACAGUCGGACAAUUUUAAUUAAAUAAAUAAUGCUGUCCAGUUCUCACAGUAUUUUGCAAGUUGUUUCAGAAUUUUAAUGAGAUUUGUAACAUAACAAUAAAUUUUGAACGUUUUCAUAGUGCAACGCAAUACA